AUGGCUGCUGAAGAUAAUUGGCAGACGAAACUUCCAACUCUCGUCGAAAGAACUGCCUUCAUUUUCAACAACGAGAUAUUGAGCGAUGUGAAGUUUGUCGUUCCUAUGUCGAUUGGUGAAAGCGAAAGUAAUAAGGUGAUCCCAGCUCACAAGUUUGUGCUCGCAAUCAGUAGUCCUGUGUUCUUUGCCAUGUUCUAUGGUCGUGUGGCGGAGACUAAAGACUCUAUUGAACUGCCUGACUGUGACUACGAGUGUCUGUUGGAGUUGUUUCGUUUCUUGUACAGCGACAAUGUGAAUUUAAGCGGAAAUAAUGUGAUGCAAGUGCUGUACUUGGCGAACAAAUAUCUGGUGCCCUCGCUUGUCGGGAAAUGCAAAGAAUAUCUUCGAGACAACCUGAUAGCAUCGAACGUGUUUUGUAUUCUGCCUCACGCUCAGAAAUUUGAAGAUAAAGACUUAGAAGAUCGAUGCUGGAAAGUGAUUGAGGAGCAGACCGAAGAGGCGAUGACGUCGGAUGAAUUUGUCACAGUUGAGCGAUCUGUUGUCGAAUCUGUUGUGAAGAGAGAAGUGUUAAAUGCGACGGAAGUGGAACUGUUCAAAGCUGUUAAUCGCUGGGCCACAAAAGAAUGUGAAAGGCAAGGUAUGACUUCCGAUGGAGAGACAAAGAGACGAAUUCUUGGAGAAGAAAUUGUGAAAGGAAUACGCUUUCCGUUGAUACCACAGAAGGAUUUUGCAUCUGUUGUAUUUGAUUCGCGAAUCUUAAAUUAUGAAGAGUUUGGAAACAUGACAAAAUACUACAACGGUCUGAUAAAUACUCCUUUGCCGUUCUUAAAGGCCAGUAGAAUUGAUUCCACUGUGCACCGAUGCUGCAGGUUUAAAACGUUUUGUUCCCCAAAGGAAAGAUGGAACUACGGUAAGGCGGCUGACUGUAUCAUUCUCACCGUCAAGAAGCCUGUUAAGCUCUACGGAGUUCAGCAUUUUGGCUCCGAAAGCGGCGAGUAUACAGUUACAACAGAUAUUGUUGAUCCCUUGGACAACACUUCGCUUGUGAGUCGAACGGGAAAUUAUACUUCAGAAAGAAGCGAUGCCGAUGCUUAUUAUGGCUUUGAUGUGUUGUUCGAUCGUCCGGUUAUUUUGAAGGCAGAUAAAGAAUACAAAGUAAAGUCGCUCAUCAAGGGCCCUAAAUCGUGGUACAGCGAAGGCGGGCAAGCAUCAGUGGAGUGCCAGGGAGUGCAAUUUACAUUUCGUAGCUCGGGGGAUGUCUCUAAUGGGACUGGUGAAAAGAGAGGACAGUUUCCUGGAAUUUUGUUUUCAGUAUCCAAGUAAAAUUCUAACGUUACCCAAACCGUUCCUUUUACGUAGAGCCCCGUGAAAGUCUAAUAGGUCAUGUAGUAUUGGAUCAAUAGACCUUUUUACAAUUCCCAGCGCCAUAUUGGAAAUGCAACCGCGCACACGUGAGAACGAGGCUGGGGUUGACUCGUGUUAAAUCUCUUUGAGAGCUUUUGGUGAAAUUCAUACGUGAGCAGUAAAAUUGUUCGAUUUUUAAGAAAAAUGGAUGGUCCUAGCCGAAAUCUCGAUAAAGCUUAUUUUUCUUCCAAAAAGAAAGGAAAGCUGUGUGCCGCUUUUGGUUGUUCAAAUACAUUUUAUGGCCCCAAUGGUUUGCCUACGAGCUUUCACUUCUUCAAGUUUAUGCACGGAGGCAUGUAUUUUUACUAAGUAUUUAUCGUUCUAUACUUAUCUUAUUCUCUGUGAAUUAUGGAUGAGGGUAACUAUUGUUGCAAAAUUAGUACAAAUUUUCUAGCAGGUACCUGAAUUGUUUUAAGUUCAGUAGAGCUUUUUUUAUUCUGGCAGCAAGUCAAGAAGUUCAGUGCUGCUCACCUGUUUAUUACAUGGCUUGCCUAAAACACUCCUAGCAGAGAAACUCUAGGAAAGUUAUUGCUUUUAAUAAAAUAACCAAGACACUGCAUCUUCAGAGUUUUCACUUAUUAUGGCAGACCCAGAAAGCUGACUCAAAUUUGGUAGCAAUUGUGACAAAAGCAGUUUUCAGUAGUUGUUGUUUUUGUUUUUUUAUGAUAGGAUAGUAAUCCACUAUGGAUGCCAUAUGGAACUCUCAAAAAAUAUUUUGUGUGCUGUAUCAAUCAAUUUGAUGCUUCAAAUUGAAAAAAAGAAAAAGUGAGUUUCUCCAACUAAAAGAGUUCUUGACACAAAGAUGAACUAUGACACUAAAUUUUAUUAUUCACAAAAUUGUCCUCAUGAUAAAAAGUUUGAUAGAAGUCUUGCAAAAUAUAAUUUCUCAUACAUUUCAAUGGUCUGAAAGAUUCUCUUUCAAGCAAAUCUUAUGGUAACUAUGACAGGCUAAAAUAAAUAUCUUGAUUUGGAUAUAUUUCUCAAUCUUUUAAGUAUCUUCUUUACAUCUCAAAAUUAUAUCAUAACAUUGGUUAACACAAUGCAGUAAGAACUAGUAUAGCAAACCUUUGUGUCAGAAAGCCUCUGAGUGCUAAGAAUGGAAAUAUCAAUUCACUGAAUGUUUAUCACUGACAGAAACUUAAAUGUGUGUAAAGGACUAGCAUUGUUGAGAUCAGUAGCUGAGAGGAAGCAUUUCUGUUCUCUUCCUUUAACCCUUAAAUAUCCAAGAUCUGAUUGUUAAUUCUCCCUUCUAGUUGCUACACAUAUGCUUGUAAAUAAGUUAUGAGAAUUUGAUGUAAGAUCAUAACUUUUGCCUGAUAACUUUCAGUAUUAACAUUAUCUGUUUGCUGUAUAGUGUUUGGAGAAGUUACAUGAAUCAGUCACUUCUGUGAGUUUUUAAAUUGUCAAAUAUUUUGGUGUGAUUCUUUCAAUGGUGUGUUGCCACCUAAUAAAUUACCAUGAGUUGCGAACUGAAAUGGUUUUCAAUGUAUCACGAGCAUAAGUUGUCCUGGGCCAGAUGGGUAUGAAAAUAUUAUGACAUCUGUUGGUUACAGUUUUCCUCAUGGGUUGAUAAAAACAAGGGUUAUAAUCAAGUGGUUCUACAGGCUCUAUGGUAUAGUUUCCCAUAGGAUAAAAUGUACAAAUGGCAAACUAAAAGACAUCUUGGUGAACAAAAUGGGAACAACUUUAACUGAAAAAUAUGGUACAACAACAACUACCACAUCAACAACAGCAGCAAUAACAAAUCUCUACCUAGAGGGCUGCAGCCUUUGUCUCGCUUUCUAAGCCAUACUGAACAGCUUCUGCGGUACUUCCUGUAAUGCGUUCCUCUCAACACGAUGUGACGAUAUUCUAGUGAAACAACGGGGUAAUCGUAAAGCUGACUGAAAUUCAUCCCGGGUAAAUUACGGAGAUUGCUCGCCCAUCCAAGGGCUGAAAUCCUUACCAUAGUUACUUCGUAUCUGAAGUCGCUCUGGUUUUGUUCUAGGUCCUGGACAUCUGCAAAAAGUUCUCGGUUUUCUCCACUACUCGAUGGAAGGACGUGUCACAUCAGCAAAGCAUAAACUUUCAACACUAAGUCAGCUCUAAUUCAACCCGUCGAUUUUAAUUUAUAUUUAAAAUCUCCCUGAGAUCUCUUGCUUCGAGUUUCUGGAUGUCAUCUAAUGACGAAAUUUUCAUAUUGUUGUGUUAAAGAACUAUUUUGAAGGGAGAAAUCGCAUUGAAAAGUGCAUUAGAUCGUGAAAUGUCAGCAGAUCAGCUAUUUGAAAGAACCGCCGGGUCAACCCCAGCCUCAUUAUCGUGUGUGCACGGUUACUAAUUCAAUAUGGCGCCGGGAACUGUAAAAAGAAUAUCAGUCAUCGCGGAUGUCCAGGUAUACACAUGUGAAUCCUUUGACAAACACAGCAGAUAUAAAACUACAAGUUAGAUCGCUAUGCGGACCUAUCAGAGUUGACCCAAAACACUUGUUAGAUGUGAUCCUUAUAAGUCAGUUAGAGAACCCUGUUGUUUAUAGAAUGAAUGAUAAUUUGGUAGCUAAAUGUUGUUUUAAGCAAUGGAAUUAAAUAUUUCGUAUACUCUCUUUUACUUUCUUGUAAUUGUAAGAAGUCGAAUUGAAAAACAUACCAUUCAAGGCUCGAAAGGAAUUUUCAACAAAAACAGUACUAGUAGGCUUCCAAACUCUGGCUAAUAAAUAUUAUACGUGACAAAUUUUUGUCGUAAACUCAGCGCGGACAAGUUAGAACAAAGCAUUUUGAUUGAGACAAAAGAAAUCGAGACGAUAGCGAGCCCACGAUAUCAGAUCUAUUGGUUUUAUCAACUGAGUUGAUAAUGUAAAUCGGCCACCGGAAAAAGUUUGUAACGCUUACGUUUAGAGCGUUAGCCCUUCGUCUCACUUUAAAGAAGGGUCAAUGCUUGAAACGUCGUCAGCUUCAGAAACUCCCCUUUCUUUAGUCGGUAUAAGAUUUAGAUAAAAUAGACCCACGAAUCCUAUCGAGCUCAUUGGCUAGCUGAACUGUUCUGUUAUAUGCUGAUGGCAAAGGAAGCGACGAUCUUCUGCUUUAAGUUAAAAAUGAAAAAGCGAAGAGAGACAAAAACGGGGGUUUCCCUCAAUUUGAAGGCACCGAAGCGAAAAAUCCCAUUCCUCUUGACCUGUCCAUCAUCUGACAAAGCGAAAGAAAACCCUCUUUGGACUUCGAAGACGCAGUCUUCCUUGGGCUUUCCCGUUCAUUCCAAAAAUACAAAAAGCUGCUGUUAGCACUUUUUGCAUUAUUUUGCACUGACACGAGACACACAAAGAUGACUCUUCUUGAUUCACUCUGCAAGACAUGAUUGUCGAUGAGCAAUGUCUCUCGCUAGUUAUUUGGAAACUAGGCUGAUAAUCACCGAGAAAAUUCUGAGAAUUGAAGUUUUGUGAGACAUAUGUGACUCAUCAUCUGAUGCAACUGUCUGGUGACAUCACUUCUCUCUUGAAAUAAGAUAUGGAUUUAUUCAAUUUUUGUUCCCAGCGCUUGUGCUAAGGGUUGAAGAUAUUCAUAAACCAUCUUACCAGAAAAUAAGAGAAAACCGUGCAGAAAUAUUACUUGCCUUUUGAAGUUGUAAGAGCGAUGAACUGAAAGAAAAGAAAGGUUAUCGAGGACAGUGUUAAAUUUUUCCGACGAGUCAGACAUUGUUCAGUCGUAAGAAGAGACAAAAUUAAUAAAAUUAAUCUUCGUUAUUUAAAUUUUCCAGCUGCUUAGAGCGGUUAACUGUUGUAGAAUAUCAAUUGCAUCAUAACAUUUCAAACGCCUUUGCAGUUAUCUCUUUCUCUUUGACCGGAGAGAAAAACAUUGUCGUCUUUGAACUGUUGCCUCACAUUGUGUGAAAUAAGACCCUCAAAGAUACUGAGAGCAGACCAAAGAGAUGCGUAUGGAAGAAAUCUGGCAAACGAAACUUCUAACUCUUGAACCACCUCUAUUUUCAACAAUGAGUUACUGUGCGAUGUGAAAUUUGUCGUUCCGGUGUCGACUUCUGAAAGUGACAGUAAGAAAGUGAUCCCAGCUCACAAGUUUGUUCUUGCCAUCAGUAGUCCUGUGUUCUUUGUCAUGUUCUAUGGUCAAAUGGCGGAGACUAAAGACUCUAUUGACCUGCCUGACUGUGAGUACGAGAGUCUGUUGGAGUUGUUCCGUUUCUUGUACAGCGACAAAGUGAAUUUAAGCGAAAGUAAUGUGAUGCAAGUGUUGUACUUAGCGAAUAAAUACAUGGUGCCUUCACUCUUUGACAAGUGCACAGAAUAUCUUUGCGACAACUUGACAGCAUCCAACGUGUUUUGUAUCCUGACACAUGCUCGGAAAUUUGGCGGUAAAUCUUUAGAAGAUCGAUGCUGGGAGGUGAUUGAACGGCGGACCGAAGAAGCUGCGACGUCAGACGAGUUUGUUUCUGUUGUUGAAUGUGUUGUCAAGAGAGAGAAGUAUAAAAUGUAA